UCCCUUGUCUCUUCCUCCCAAAGCUCAACUUUAUAAUCACGCACAUCUUUCAUUGUUUCUUUCCCCUCCAUACCAACCAUUCCUUAUUCCUUCUCCCACUUACUAGUCACUAAUUUGUACAACUCAUUGGCAGAAGAUCAGAUCACAACUAAACAGAUUUGGAUCUUGAGAGGGAUAAAAGAGAUCAAGUGCAAGAACCACAUCGAAGAUGUCAGAUUGGGGGCCAGUUUUCGUAGCAGUGGUGCUGUUUAUACUGCUCACUCCAGGGUUGCUGAUUCAGAUGCCUGGAAAAGGUCGAUUCGUAGAGUUUGGCAACUUUCAGACUAGUGGAAUCUCCAUACUGGUUCAUUCCAUUAUCUACUUUGCUCUCAUCUGCAUCUUCUUAUUAGCUAUUGGUGUCCACAUGUAUGUUGGCUCAUGAUCAACUCAAACUGCCACAGAUAACACGCCCAAUUCUCAUCUCAACUCUACUAUGUAGUACCCUUUAAGAAUUUAUCUCAUUUACGUUUCAGGUUGAUGAUCAGUUAUGUACUUAACUGACUUGUUUGGAUUGUGCAUUCUUACAUGAUUAAUCUAGUCAGAUGCUAAGGUAAAAUAUUCUGUUCUCUUGGUUCCACAUUGUUUGUCAUUGAUUUUGAGUUUUGCUGGAUGGUGGAGUUUCAUAAAGUAACUGGAUAUUCUUUUGGUAA